AUGAUUAGAAUAUUUAGAAGGGCAUUCAGCCAAGUAAGGUUGAACUGAAUUACACCUGAUGGCAAAGAAAUUGCUACCGUAGCUAAAAUUGGUGAAACUUUGCUAGAAAAUGCUCAUGCUAAUGGUAUUGAUUUAGAAGGAGCAUGUGAAGGCUCAUGUGCGUGCUCCACAUGCCACAUAAUCUUAGAACCGCAUAUAUAUGACUGCAUAAAAGAGGCUACAGCUGAUGAAGAAGAUAUGCUGGAUCUUGCUUUUGGGCUGACACCAACGUCAAGACUUGGAUGCCAAAUUAAAAUUUCUCAAGAAAUGGAUAAUUGUAAAAUCAAGCUUCCAAGCGGAUCUGUUAAUUUGUAUGUAGAUGGACACAAGCCUAAACCUCAUUAA